AUGGCCGCCGCCGACCUCACGCUGCUGCUUCUCGCAUCUCUCCUCGCCAUCCCGCUCUACUUCCUCUUGGCCGCCACCACCAGACGCAGGACGCCGCCACGCGGGAGCAAAACGCGGCUCCCGCCGGGGCCGUGGGCGCUGCCGGUGAUCGGGCACCUGCACCACCUGGCCCGGCCGGGGGGCGGCCGCCUCCCGCAUCGCGUCAUGCGCGACCUGGCGCGUCGCCACGGCCCGCUCAUGCUGCUCCGGUUCGGCGAGGGCGCCGAGGGCAUCCUCUUCGCGCCCUACGGCGACGACUGGCGCCACCUCCGCAGGGUGUGCACCCAGGAGCUCCUCACCGCCCGCCGCGUCCACUCCUUCCGCCCCGUGCGCGAGGACGAGCUCCGCCGCCUGCUCGCCUCCGUCGCCGCCGCCUCGGCGUCGGGGACGGGGACCGUCGUCAACCUGACCGAGAAGAUAUCGACCUACAUCGCCGACUCCACGGUGCGCGCCAUCAUCGGAAGCCGACGGCUCAAGGACCGCGACGCAUACCUGCGGAUGCUCAAGGUCCUCUUCGGCAUCAUGCCCGGGAUGAGCCUGCCGGACCUCUUCCCGUCCUCGCGCCUCGCCAUGCUCCUCAGCCGCGCCCCGGCCCGGAUCCAGGCCUACCGCCUCAGCAUGCGGCGGAUCAUGGACGGCAUCAUCCAGGAGCACCGGGACAGGGCAGCCGCCGCCGACGGCGACGACGAGGAGGACUUCGUCGACGUGCUCCUCAGACUUCAGAAGGAAGUGGACUCCCAGUUCCCGCUAACAACCGAGAACAUCAAAACCGUCAUGCUGACCUCAAAGUUCGCUGCUUGCACGCACAGGACAUAUUUGGCGCGAGCACGGAGACGUCGACGACGACGCUGGACUGGGCGAUGGCCGAGCUCCUGCGGAACCACGAGGGCCAUGGAGAAGGCGCAGCACGAGGUCCGGCAGGCGCUCGCCGGCCACGACACGGUGACCGAGGACAGCCUAGCCGGCCUGCGCUACCUGCGGUUCGUCAUCAAGGAGUCGCUGCGGCUGCACCCGCCGGCGACGAUGCUGGUUCCACGCCAGUGCCAGAGCGCGUGCCAGGUGCUCGGGUUCGACGUGCCGGCGGGCAUCACGGUGAUCGUGAACGCGUGGGCGAUCGGCAGGGACCCGGCGCACUGGGACGAACCCGACGAGUUCUUGCCGGAAAGGUUCGAGCAGAGCACCAGGGACUUCAGGGGCGCGGACUUCGAGCUCAUACCGUUCGGUGCCGGGCGGCGGAUCUGCCCCGGCAUGGCGUUCGGCCUGGCUCACAUCGAGCUCGCGCUCGCGGCGUUGCUGUUCCACUUCGACUGGAGCUUGCCGGGAGGGCUAGCGGCCGAGGAGCUCGACAUGACCGAGGCAUUUGGGAUUGCCACGCCACGGCGUUCCGACCUUUUGGUGGUGGCAAUCCCUAGUGUCCCACUGCCCACAACCUACGGAUGCUAA